AUGUCUUUCGACAACGGAAACAAAUCUACGUCUAUCAUAGCUCGAGUACAGAUCUCAUUCCAUCAUGAACUGCUUCCUCCUGAGAUCUGGAUGAACAUCAUUGAAUGUUGCCCCAAGGCCUCCCAGCGGCGCUGCUUGUCUCUCUCCAGGGCGUUCCACGAUCGCACCAUCCCAGUCUUGUUCCGCAAGAUCAUCAUCUGUUUCGGUGCUUGGGAGCUUUGGGUGGCAGAUAGACGAGGAGACGAGGACGCCAAGGAAAAACCAGUGGGCGAACUGGACAAGACGCGCUCAAUGAGGUCGUACCAUCUCUUGCGCCGCAUCAUGCGCGAUGCUUCGUUCGCCACGGCGGUGAAGACCGUUGAGGUAGAGGCGUAUAUGAGGGAUGAGUGUGAAAGCGUAUUUGAGAAUUUACGCCCAUGUCUGAGCUCCAGAAUCUAUUCGUUCGUAACGCUUCCGUUUCACAAGUUCAAAGGCCUCCAACACCUGGGGAACUGGACGAACGUGGCCAUACUUGACCCUCUGUUGGACGACUACCAGAACGUCAAUAUGGAUGAAGAGACAUUCCCAAAGUUGCGCGGACUGCACGUCUUCUUCACGGCGCCGACCAACAUGAGAUCGGCGCUCGGGAGUUUCUUGCAGCGGAUCACACAGCUCAGCUUGCAGUUUCUGCGCGGUCUCAAAGGCCUUGAGGUCCUUCUGCAGAGUCUCCCUCACGUCCAGUCACUCACGCUACAUGCGCUGAACGAAGCACAAGCGGAGGAGCUCUUCGUCGCAUUCGAGCAUGGUCCUUUCAACCUCCCGUCCCUGACGCAGCUCAAGAUCUGCAGCGGUGAUUACGAGGACACACUUACUGUACUGCUCGAAUCGGAAGUCGUCCUACUCGCUGGUGUCGUCCGGGGCAUACCGGCGCUGCAGCGUUUCGACUGCUCGUUCUACAUCGCGCCCGCCAAUCUGGGCAUACUAUUUUCAGCAAUAUCCUCCCUGAAACGCCUCCAUGUGCUAGGUCUGCACGUGGAUAUGUUAAACCCGACAGAGAGGUGCCUCGGUGAAGUCAUUCGCCGAAUACCUACAGAGCUCGAUGCGUUGGCCUUAUCCCUAUCUGGAGUUACCCUCGUAAAACCCGAGCUAGCUGAAUUGUUCACGAGGUGUCAGCAUCUGAGCCAUUUCUACUUGCACAUUGAGAUCGAGGACGACAAUGAAGUAGACGUUACUCCACUGGAUAUAGCACAAAUGGGCAAGUUCUUGCGCCUCGUCGGGCUACUCGGCGCGUUCCACUCGGUGAAACGCGAGGACGGAACUUUGAUAUUGUCGGAGAGGUGGUCGUACAGGAAAAUUACGUUCCGCGAGAUCGAUGAAUGCUCCAGUCCGGAGUGGAAAUGGUUGAUGGGGGAUAGGACAUUCGAGUUCUGA